CUCCAUUUGAGCACCCCUUUGCACCUCCUCAAUCGCUUCCAGCCACUCCACCACGGCAGCACGCCCGCACGUUGCGCCGGCCGCCAUGGCGGAGCCCAAGAGCCGUGAAGAGCGUUUGCGGGACUUCUAUGCCUCGCGCACUUCGGCGCUCGAAGCCGUCUCCUGGGACUUGGCGGAAGAAGCGACGCGCGACGCGGCUCCAGAGCUGCGGAAGAAGGGCAACGACCUGUUCGAGGCCGAGGACUAUGAAGGCGCAGUUGAGCAGUACAGUGCCGCACUCAAGAAGGCGCCUUCAUCCGUCUUGCACGCCAACCGAGCUGCAGCCUAUAUGAUGCUGGGGUGGUGGCAGCAAGCCUUAAGGGACUGCAAGGCGGCGCUGCGGAAGGACCCAGACAACUUGAAGGCCUUGCAGCGCCAGGGCCGGGUACUGCUGGCAAUGGACGAUUUGGAAGCUGCCAAGGCCGUGGUCGAAGACUUGGAGCUGCGAGGUCCCAAAGAGGUCUUCCAAGGCGUCGAGCGUCCGGCGCCCGUGGUGCGGCGCCUCCGGUGGCUCACGGAAGCGGCGCGGGAGCUCAGCAGCCUGGAGCAGUGCCAGGCUUUUCGGGAGGCCUUUGGAUCGAAGGCCGAGCUGGUUUCGCCUUUAGGCUUGCGGCUUCGGAAAGCCUUGGUGAAGGCUCUGGUCGAGCGCUCCGACGCCGUCGAGCAUCAGCGGCGCAUCCGCCCGGCGUUGGCCUACAACCAGCGCCAGGUGGAGCAUGCCGGUGGAAUCAGUGGAGCCGACGAGAUCGAGGAGUUGACGCCCUAUGCCGAAGAGGCCGUGCGCCUCGCAGGUGAGCUUCUGGAGGAUUUCCCUGAAGACCCGGACGCGCGCUAUUGGCGUGGCAAGGCGCUCCUGCGCUUGGGCCGUCACUGCGACGCCGAGAAGCAGUUCGAUGAAGGCCCG